GCGCAGUCGCACUGAGCCGAAGCAGCCGGUGAUGGCGGCAGCUGCGGUGGUGGCUGCGGCGGGUCCGGGCCCAUGAGGCGACGACGGAGGCGGGACGGCUUUUACCCAGCGCCGGACUUCCGAGACAGGGAAGCUGAGGACAUGGCAGGAGUGUUUGACAUAGACCUGGACCAGCCAGAGGACGCGGGCUCUGAGGAUGAGCUGGAGGAGGGGGGUCAGUUAAAUGAAAGCAUGGACCAUGGGGGAGUCGGACCAUAUGAACUUGGCAUGGAGCAUUGUGAGAAAUUUGAAAUCUCAGAAACUAGUGUGAACAGAGGGCCAGAAAAAAUCAGACCAGAAUGUUUUGAGCUACUUCGAGUACUUGGUAAAGGGGGCUAUGGAAAGGUUUUUCAAGUACGAAAAGUAACAGGAGCAAAUACCGGGAAAAUAUUUGCCAUGAAGGUGCUUAAAAAGGCAAUGAUAGUGAGAAAUGCUAAAGAUACAGCUCAUACAAAAGCAGAACGGAAUAUUCUGGAGGAAGUAAAGCAUCCCUUCAUUGUGGAUUUAAUUUAUGCCUUUCAGACUGGUGGAAAACUCUACCUCAUCCUUGAGUAUCUCAGCGGAGGAGAAUUAUUUAUGCAGUUAGAAAGAGAAGGAAUAUUUAUGGAAGACACAGCCUGCUUUUACUUGGCAGAAAUCUCCAUGGCUUUGGGGCAUUUACAUCAAAAGGGGAUCAUCUACAGAGACCUGAAGCCGGAGAAUAUCAUGCUUAAUCACCAAGGUCAUGUGAAACUAACAGAUUUUGGACUAUGCAAAGAAUCUAUUCAUGAUGGAACAGUCACGCACACAUUUUGUGGAACAAUAGAAUACAUGGCCCCUGAAAUCUUGAUGAGAAGUGGCCACAAUCGUGCUGUGGAUUGGUGGAGUCUGGGAGCAUUAAUGUAUGACAUGCUGACUGGAGCACCCCCGUUCACUGGGGAGAAUAGAAAGAAAACAAUUGACAAAAUCCUCAAAUGUAAACUCAAUUUGCCUCCCUACCUCACACAAGAAGCCAGAGAUCUGCUUAAAAAGCUGCUGAAAAGAAAUGCUGCUUCUCGUCUUGGAGCUGGUCCUGGGGACGCUGGAGAAGUUCAAGCUCAUCCAUUCUUCAGACAUAUUAACUGGGAAGAACUGCUGGCUCGGAAGGUAGAGCCCCCCUUUAAACCUCUGUUGCAAUCUGAAGAGGAUGUGAGUCAGUUUGAUUCAAAGUUUACACGUCAGACACCUGUUGACAGCCCAGAUGACUCAACUCUCAGUGAAAGUGCCAACCAGGUCUUUCUGGGUUUUACAUAUGUGGCUCCAUCUGUACUUGAAAGCGUGAAAGAAAAGUUUUCCUUUGAACCAAAAAUCCGGUCACCUCGAAGAUUUAUUGGCAGCCCACGAACACCUGUCAGUACUGUUAUGUGCUAAGCUUAACUGGAAGCCUUGGAAUGGGCAUAAGUUGUAUGUCCUACAUUUCAUCCUUAUCCUGGGCCUGCAUUGCACUGGAAAAAUAUCGCCACCUUAUACCAGUAUUUGGUUCAAGACGUCAAAUGUGUUCAGCCUAUGGCUGAAGAAGGACAGAAGAGAGGAUAAAAUGCAUAUCGAGGGCGGCAAAGUGAGAGAGAGAGGAGGGAGAUCCAGGGGAAGAGGGUGUUGCCACGAUCCACCCUCUAUGUCUAAUCUCUUUACAGCAAAUUGGUAAGGUUUUAAGUUUUACUUCUUUUUACUGUUUUUGGUGUCUGCCUUCCUUACAUUUUUUCCUCAACGGUUUUAAAAGGAAAAAAGGUAUUUUUUUUUCCUAUAUUGGGGCUACAUUUUUUGAUUGUAAAAGUAUUUGAUGGCCUUUUGAUGAAUGUCUUCCACAGUGAAUAAGAAAACUCAGUGGCUUAAUUUAGGAAACAUGUUAACAAGACACUAUGUUUUUGAAAAUUGUAACAAAGUCUACAUAAGUGAUUUACAGGUACAAAGAAUAAAAAUAAAGGUAACUUUACCUUUCUUAAAUACUUCCUGCCUUAAAGAGAGCGUUUCCAUGACUUUUAGCUGGUGAAAGGGUUUAAUAUCUGCAGAGCUUUAUAAAAAUAUUAUUUCAGUGCAUACUGGUAUAAUAGAUCAUGCAGUUGCAGUUGAGUCUUACCACCUCUUUUUGUUUGUCUUUUAUAAUGUCUUCAGUCUGAGUGUGCAAAGUCAAUUUGUAAUAUUUUGCAACCCUAUGAUUUUUUUUAAAUAGAUGCUGCUUGCUAUGUUCUCCAAACCUUUUUGAGCCAUAGGAUCCAAGCCAUAAAAUUAUUUAUGCAUGUUGAAUUCAGUCAGAAAAAAGCUUUGGUUAUUUAAAUGGCGGUUCGAGUGAGAUAAGAUGAAAUCCUAUGACAUUAAGCAAAAAUAGAACCAUGAAAAAUGAUUGGAAAUAUACCUUUUCAGUUGUGGCAAUAAAUGAAACAAUUGAUAACAGCUCAUCUUCGGACAGAAAGCCUUUUUUUUUUUUUAAAUCACUCCUUCUAGACCUCCUCUUCCCUUAUUGCAGCAGUCUACUGAGAACUUUAUAACUGUAGCUAAUAAAUUAGAAACUAAAUAAUGGUAAGGGCAGAAAUUGUACUUAAAGUGCAGGUCUUUGUUCUCUGACAGUUUAUGAUGUCUGAAAAACAGAACCCAAAAAGCUAUGGUGAUUUGUACAGGCUUCAUUUCAGACUGUAAAUGGCUUGUACUACUUUGAUAUUUGUUUUCAAAUGUGUUUACUAACUAUAGUGUUGACUGCCUGACCAAAUUCCAGUGAAAGUUUUACACCAAAAUAUUCCUCCUCAGUCCUAUUUGCUAGUAACAUUUGCACUGUGAUUGGCUGGCUAUAACCACCCCAUAGUUAAACCAGUUUCAUAAUUAGUACUGCCAGCAAUAGUGGCAAACACUGUAACUUUCUGCAUAAAAAGUAUUAAUUGCACAUCUACCAUCCACACAAAUAAGUUUUUCAAACUUAACAUUCAGUGAAGUUAAUUUUCUAUACUGUGGCAAGUUUAUUGAGAAAUUGUUUCAUAAAUGGAUAUUCCUACUAUGACUGUGAAAACAUGUCAAGUGCCACUUGAGUGUCACAGACAGAAAGCACACACCUAUGCAAUAUGGCUUACCCUAUAUUUAUUUGUAAAAACCCAAGCAUAGUUUAAAAAUAUAUGUCAAUAAUACUAGUCUUGAGUUUCUAAGAAGGUUCUUUAUGAUUAUUCCAGGUAAGUGUAUAAAGAGAUUGUGUUUUUCUUUCAUCACUUGAUUAUUUUCUUUAAAAUCAGCUAUUAUAGGAUAUUUUUUUAUUUUAUACAUGCUGUUUUUUAAUUAAAAUAUAAUCAUUGAGAACUGAAGUUUACUAAUUUUGAUUUUAUAAGGUUUGUAGCAUUACAGAAUAAACUGAGAUUUAUAAACCAGCUGUGAUUAACAAUGUAAAGUAUUAAUUAUUGAACUUGAACCAGAUUUUUAGGAAAACUGUUAUUUCUUUUUCCCCUUUAUGGUCUUAACUAAUUUGAAUCCUUCAAGAAGGAUUCUUCCAUACUAUUUUUUGAAAUAGAAGGUAAUUGGCGGGGAAGAAUGCAUGUAUGAUACUCCAUAAAUUCAACAUUCUUUAAGAAAUAAAUGAUUAUAAAUAAGCUGCAUCUUCAAUAGUAUUAAUAUCCCAAGCCUUGGAUUUUGUAUUUAAUAUAGGACCUAACUAUUUUGGUUACUUAGUCAUAUGGUUCCUAGCUUAUAAGGGCUAGAUCUAAGAUUAUUCUUAUGAGAAAUGUUCGAUUUAUGCAGAAUGGAUUUUGAGGCUGUGGAAAUGGUUAAUUCCUCAAAUAAAAACAUCAGUGUCCAAACAUCUGCCUUUUUUCAUAGAAGUAGACACUAGCAAGCUGGACAAAAUAAUCAUAAAGUAUUUGUUCCACCAUGACCUGUGGUCUGUUGCUGAUUGAUACAAAAUUCUUCGUGUGUGAUUCUUAAUUUACCACUAUAGCACAAGUAUUAUCAGUGGAUUAUCUAAAGUAACAUUUGAAAGAUGGGUUCAUCUGUGUUUGCUCUUUAAACUAUUUUUUUUUUUUCCUACCCCAAGUUGGCUUUGCAUCUACCAGAGUAAAUUCUUCAGCUGCCUUAUUAGGAGUGAUUUGAGGGUAACACCUUUUCUGCUUUUCAUCUUGUGUUUAGUUUACUGUAUUAAGUAUUUGA